GGGAGGGGGCAGCUCGCCCGGGCCAUGCGGUGCCGGCCCUCGGCUCAGGCCAGGCUGAGGCCCCGGGGGCUCGGGGUCCGGAGGGAAGGCGCUGAGCCAGACAGGUCCCAAGGAGCCUUCGGGAAGGGGGCGGCCCCCUGGCGGCCUGUCCGGGAUCCGGCCCGGAGCAGGGGUCGCGUGGGCGCCGCGGCAGCGCCGUCAGGACGGGCGUGAGGUCCCCGGGGCCACGUGUUGGCGUUUGGUGGCCCAGGUGUCGCUGGCAGGUGCGCAGGGGAGACGCCCACCUGGGUGCUGUGGGCCGCACGGCGGGCGGUGGGGCCGGGCACCCCUGCUCCUCCUCGGCCUCCGAUCCGCUGCGGCCCUCGGUCCUGCUCGCUGCCCGACGCCGCCGCCACAACCUCCGCCCGGGCCCCGCAGCCAGCCGCCCGCCGGAAGCUGAAAGGCGUGUCCGACCCCGCCCCCGGCCGCGGCCAAUCAACGCGCGCGACUCAUGAAUAGUGAGCGCGCGGGCACCGCCCCGCCCCCGCCUCCCGCGGCACCGCCCGCCCGCGCAGACCCCGAGCGCGGCCGCGGACGAAGAUGGCGACCGCCAUGUACUUGGAGCACUAUCUGGACAGUAUCGAGAACCUUCCCUGCGAACUUCAGAGGAACUUCCAGCUGAUGCGAGAGCUGGACCAGAGGACGGAAGAUAAGAAAGCAGAGAUUGACAUCCUGGCUGCAGAGUACAUCUCCACAGUGAAGACGCUGUCUCCAGACCAGCGCGUGGAGCGCCUGCAGAAGAUCCAGAACGCCUACAGCAAGUGCAAGGAAUACAGUGACGACAAAGUGCAGCUGGCUAUGCAGACCUACGAGAUGGUGGAUAAACACAUUCGAAGGCUUGACGCAGACCUGGCGCGCUUUGAGGCAGAUCUGAAGGACAAGAUGGAGGGCAGUGAUUUUGAAAGCUCCGGAGGGCGAGGGUUAAAAAAAGGCCGGGGUCAGAAAGAAAAAAGAGGGUCCCGGGGCCGAGGCAGGAGGACAUCAGAGGAAGAUACACCAAAGAAAAAGAAGCAUAAAGGAGGGUCUGAGUUCACUGACACCAUCCUGUCCGUGCACCCCUCCGACGUGCUGGACAUGCCCGUGGACCCGAAUGAACCCACGUACUGCCUGUGCCACCAGGUCUCCUACGGGGAGAUGAUUGGCUGUGACAAUCCAGACUGUCCGAUUGAGUGGUUUCACUUUGCCUGCGUGGACCUCACCACGAAACCCAAAGGAAAAUGGUUCUGUCCGCGGUGUGUCCAGGAAAAGAGGAAGAAGAAGUAGGAGGAGCUGUGUGCCCGGAUCCGAGGAGCAAGUUAAUCUAUUCCUUCGUUCGUGUUGCAAUAUUUCCCUUCGUUUUAAAACUACCUUGUUUGGUUGAUACUUAGUAACUCAGUGGCCAGUUGAAAUGCUGGAUGUUUCCUAGAACAAGAACCCACCAAACCCUGUUCGCACAGAAGGGCGACCUUGCGGGGACUCGCCACCGCGACGUUAGUGUGGCUUUUACAGGACUUCCCCUGAGCGUCAGCAGGGAGCCCCGACGGACGUGGGCGGGCGCUCUGAGCUCGGGCUGCCCGGCCAGGCGUGCGGGCGGGGACGUGGUAACCUGGUCCACGACAACCUGGUCCACGGCCGCUGCUCUGCAGUGUGCAGCGCCACCGUCGCAUAGCUUUCCUGUGGUUUUCUAGGACUGUUUGGUACAGCCCGGGCUCCGCGUGCCUCAACCGCUGGAGCACACCUGCCACUGAGAGGCGCGUGUGGGGCCAUUGCCGUGGCAGCCGGCUGCCGUCCUCACACUCAGCUCCGUGCCGCAUCCGGCCACCGUGCGCUCCUGCAUGGGGCGCCUCUGACAGGCCCAGGAGGGCUGGGGGCUCUUCCCCGGAGGAAGUGGCCUCCGCCUCACUGUGCGCUGCCUUUUUAGCUUGGACUUCAGUCCUCCCUUGGGGGAUUCACCUCUGGAGUAAACGGCUCUUCAUUAGCUUGGAGUAGCUGUGGGUCCUGUGACCAGCGCCCACAAGACCCUGUGCAACAGCUGGGCUGAUGUUCCGUUUCUCUGGGAAUUGGUGACGUUUUUACUGUGAAGAUGAAAUUAUUGUAAUAGCAUGAAGAUCGUGGGUCUGUGUGUCUGUGAAGUGAGUCCCAUCUGCCAGGAGCUGACGAACCACGGAUGCGUCUGCCUGUGCUGUGCAUUCCUAGGCCCGCGGCUCCCGUUCAAGGGGACUCCGAUGUGAAUUUGUUGUGAAUUUAUUGUGCCACAAUAGCAGUUCUGGAAUGAAGCUAGGAAACUCGAGUGUGCUUUUUGUUUAAUUAGCGUUCACCAAGCUGAGCCGGAGCCAUCCUUUCAGUGGUAGUUGGGGAAGGCUGUGCAGAUUUGCUCUGCUGUGAUGCAUUGGUGACGGUGCCCAGCCUGCAGUUCUCAACAGCAUUGCAGGCUCUCGGAAAUCCUCUCCUGUGCCUUUAGAGGAAGGAGAGGAUUCCUGAGGAAUGCAGGGAAGCCUGUUUCUGUCCUCACACCACAGAAAGAAACCUGAGGGAAAACUGAGACGUGAGGGUCCCAAUUUAAGAAAAGCCUGGUUUUCUUCAUGGUGGGGGGCCAUUUGGAAUGACAGUCUCACUUCCUUCUGAUGGCUACAGCUGUAUCUUUUCCUCCUGUGUUUAAUGUUUCACUAGGGAGAGGAAAUAAAGCAGAAGGAACGUGUGAAGCUCUGUGUCUCAGACGGGGCCCUCCCCUCGAGAAGGUAGUCAGUGAGUGAGAACGAGAACAAGAACAUCUGAACAGUCCUGGUUGGGAUGGUGUCCACAUUCAUGUUCUGCGGUUCUUGAACACACGGAUGUCUCUGGGCCGCCUGUCCUUUUCCGAGGGUGUGGGUGGGAGUGGAUCCUCCGGGCGCAGGUGCCAGGCAGGUGCAGGCGGGCGGUCGGCCACUGCCGCUGCUCGUCCCUGCCAGUGUCUGGGGCUUGAAGGGGCUCCCUCCAAGCGGUGCCUUCCUGCGGCUUAGAAGGGAAAGCGCCAGAGAGGGCAGGCUACAGUGCUUCACACCCUCAGCCACGGCUGUGAAACUGGAGAUGGGCGGGUUUUGUAUGUUAAUUUUUUUUUUUUUUGAGAUGGAGUUUUGCUCUGUCACCCAGGCUGGAGUACAGUGGCAUGAUCUUGGCUCACUGCAAGCUCCGCCUCCCGGGUUCACGCCAUUCUCCUGCCUCAGUCUCCCGAGUAGCUGGGACUACAGGCGCCCGCCAACAUGCCCGGCUGAUUUUUAAAAUAUUUUUAGUAGAGAUCGGGUUUCACCAUGUUAGCCAGGAUGGUCUCCAUCUUCUGACCUUGUGAUUUGCCCGCCUUGGCCUCCCAAAGUGCUGGGAUUACAGGCGUGAGCCACCGCGCCCGGCCACCCAGCUAAGUUUUGUAUUUUUGUUGGAGACGGUGUUUCACCAUGUUGGCCAGACUGGUCUCAAACUCCUGGGGUCAAAUGAUCUACCUGCGUCGGCCUCCCAAAGUGCUGGGAUUACAGGUGUGAGCCACUGCACUCAGCUGGGAGAUGAAUUUUCAUUUAAUGACAACUUUUUGUUAACACAGGUUUUGUGUGUGUGUGUGUCUUUUUUUGUUUGUUUUUUUGUUUUGUGUUUUUGAGACGGAGUUUUACUUUUGUCACCCAGGCUGGAAUGCAAUGGCACCAUCUUGGCUCACUGCAACCUCCGCUUCCUGGGUUCAGGUGAUUCUCUUGCCUUAGCCUCCUGAGUAGCUGGGAUUAUAGGCGCCCACCACCACGCCUGGCUAAUUUUUGUAUUUUUAGUAGAAAUGGGGUUUCACCAUGUGUGGCCAGGCUGGUCUCGAACUCCUGACCUGAAGUGAUCCACCUGCCUCGGCCUCCCAAAGUGCUGGGAUGACGGGCAUGAGCCACCGCACCCGGCCAACACAGAUGCUUAAUGAUGGUGGAGGAUACAUUGUGGAAAACGUUUUUCUCUCUUUUACCAUUUUUGGGAAGAGGGAUAGGUAAGUGCAGGGAGUUUGUGCUGAAACAGUGCCUGGCAGUUUUUCAGAAAUGAAUUUGAUAUUGUGCUCCACCUUUGAGCUGUUCACGCCUGUGGCCACCCCUGGAAAGCGCUGGGGUUGUUGGUGCUUUCGGCUGCCCGGCUUCCUGAGGUCUCGCUGCUUUCUGGGGAAAGAUGACUGGCUUCCGUGUGGGAAGCUUUUGUCUGACACGUGGCGAUGUGGGCCUGCCUGCCACUGUGCACCAUCCCAGGUAUUGAAUUUUGACCUUUUCUUUUCAAGUUUCUGUGCUUAGGUGUUUUUAAUGUUUACUUUUGCCACUUACAAUAAUAUCACCAAAAUAAUAUGCAUAGAGUUUUGGAAGAAACACAGAAAGCAUGAGCAGAAUGAGACAAUUCCUUGGGCUGUAGUUUGGACCCAACUGAAUCCUGGGUGCUCUGUGGCCGAUGCUGUCUACCCGUAGGAGAGACACACUCAGGAGUGGCCAUUUGGCCAGAAAAGAAGGUCAUGGCCCCUGGCCUGGCCCCAGCCCUGCAGGGACACAGGAGCCACACCGUUUGCACCAUCCACGCCUUGCUUCAGAAGGCCUGGCCGCCUUCUCCCUGUGGGUGAUUCAGGGAUUUAGUCUUGGACCAGACCCCCCUCCACAGCUGCCCAGCCCCAGACCCAUCUCUUGGAUUGAGGGUGUGUGGGCUGGACCCAGUGGGUCACUCUGGAGCUUCAUCUGAGCCGAAGGUGUGGGUCCUCUGUGGCUGUGCGAUUGGCCUCUAUGGGAAGGAGCGUUCUGCCCAUUUUCUUGCUUUCAGUGCUGCGGUAUCAGUCAGUAAUCUGAGGGAAUCCUGUAGGGAAGGCAGGCUGCAGUGAAAACAGGAGCUGGUGAAACUGAGCCCUCUGCAUCUGCGAAUGUGCCCCAGGUGCUGCUGCUGGGGACAUGGAUGCUGAGCGGAGGCCUGCGUGGCUGCCUGAGCGGCAGCUGACCGCCCGUCUCACUGUUGGCCAGGGCUCUGUGGCGUGGGUGUUUUCCAGUCCACCUGGAGCAGCGAGAAGCAGCUGUGCAGACCGGUGGCGGUGGGAGGGUUUGCUGGGACGGAUGGGGACACCGGCCAGCUUGUCUUCUGUCCAGCAGCCCCGUCGGACUUGGCCUCCUGUCCUGUCGUUGGGAGCCCCGGCUGGGGCUGCUUUCAGCAAUGACGCUGGCCCAGAGCAGCUUCCCACGUGACCAUAGAGCCGAGGGUCUGUCCUGUCCUAGGUUAGGUCUUCAUGGUUUAGAAUAAAACCGUGAGGGAUGUUAAUUAUGGGCAUUGAAGACUUAAGGUUUUCCUAAAUUUUUAGUGAGCAGUGAUUGGCCUUCAAUACUUGUGCUGAGAGGAAUUUUAAGCCAGGGGAAGUGUAAGAAAAUGUUCCCAUUCAAGAGAGAUUGUAUUGGAGUUUCUUUCUUCCUCUGUAUGUAUUUUGUGGUGUUCACCUUUAACCACAUUUCAUCCAAAAAGAUGAUGCAGCUUUAACAUGAAUGUUACAUUUUUAUUUUCAAGGAAUUAUUAUCUAUGUUCCCUUUGUAAAGGAAAGACAAUGUUGUAAAUCUUUUUAUUAGAUAAUGUAAAGAUGUAUAUCAGUAUUUUUGGAUCAUGUUAUAGAUUAUGGAUAUAUUGUUUAAUAAAUAAAGUAUUUUUUGGAACAAACAA